AUGACAAUAAGUGAUCAUGAAUAAAAGAUCUUGCAGGCUAUCAGAGAAAAAAAAUGUUAACAUAUAAUUUAAGUGCAUGCUUUCGAAAAGUAGAAGGAUGGAAUUUUCACAAUAAUGGAACUUGCAAAGAGUCUUGAUUUAAAUUAAAUGUAUGAUAAAAUUGGGGCUUGCUUACAAGUAAAUAGAUUUCAAUAUUUUUUUAGAUGGCAAAAGGCGUUUCUGAAUUAGAAUAAUUAGGAUUUUUUCAUAGAGAUUUAAAACCUGAUAAUUUUGUGAUCGGGGAAGAUGGUAAAAUCAAAUUAAUAGAUUUUGGAAUCAAAAAAUAAAAUUUAACAUAAACUAAUACUGCUGCUAUAGGAACUUUUUUAUAUAUGGCGCCAGAUAUGAUUAUCUCCACAAACUAUGAUUCAUCUGUUGACAUUUGGUCUUCGGGUGUGAUCUUUUAUGAGGUCUAAUGA